AUACAUCAUUAUCUAUCAACCCCAUCUUCUUCUCUUCUUAUUCUCCAUCUUCUCUACUGAGAUUUUCUUUAACUAAAAACUCAUCCUUGAAUGCACGGUGGUGCAUGGAUGUGGAAUCAUAGCAAAAAUGAAGAAUUGGAGGAUGAUGAUGAAUCUUGGGAAGUCAAAGCCUUCGAGCAAGACACUAAAGGCAACAUCUAUGGUACCACUUGGCCUCCAAGAUCUUACACUUGCAAUUUCUGCCGCCGUGAGUUCCGUUCUGCUCAAGCCUUAGGCGGUCACAUGAACGUCCACCGCCGUGACCGAGCCUCUAAGGCUCAUCAAGGUCCUGCGGCCGCAGUUGCGGCUAGAAGCUGUGGCGGCAGCGGAGGAGGUAGGACAACGUUUCUCAGUUCUUGUGUUCCGCCAACGACGACGCUUAUAAUCCAAUCCACGGCAAGUAACAAUGAAGGUUUGUCCCACUUCAACCAAUUGCAAAACCCUAAUGGCAUGUUUGGUAAUUCCAGUGAUAUGAUGAAUUUUUAUGGUACUGAGCCGUUUCCUUUGAGCAACCUUGAGUUUUCCUUGUUGAAUUCGCCGGUAGAGGUUUCUCCUAUGCUUAUACAAUAUCCGACUGGAGAUGAUGAGAGCACUGGUUCCAUGAAAGAGAUGACAAGAACAUCAGUGAAUGAGCCUGAUCUUGAACUUCGACUAGGGCACAAGCCACCGUGACAUUUCAUAUUCGUAACACACUUGAGGCCUUUCAUAUCCAUAUCCAUUCAUACAGAGGUUGUUUACAUCUUAAAUUACAUUUGUUGUUAAAUUCUGAAUUCAUUAUAUUUCAUGCUUGGCUUCCUUGCUUUCACAUAUACAUGUCCCUAAGUUUUAACAUAGAGAGGCUGAGUACUAUAUAUAGUCCCUUAAUUUUCUUUGAUAAAGUACUAUAGUCCCUUAAUUUCA